GUCGGCCCGAGGAAGAAGGAGGAGUGUGACGGAACGAACGAAACAUCACAAAUAUUAAAAGUUUCAACCAAAACUCGACUCAGCUCCUUCUGCACCGCUGGGCUAACGAUAUGAUUGAGCGGUGAGUGAGGCCAGAGGACAAAAUGUCGUUCUUCAGUAUGACCUGGAAGAGGAACAGAGAGACGGAGUUUGAGAGAAAACUUCGUGCUAAUGACCGAGAGUACAACCUGUCCUUCACGUAUGCGACCAACGGCAUUAAGACCUCGAAAUACAACUUCUUCACCUUCCUGCCACUCAACCUCUUUGAGCAGUUCCAAAGGAUCGCAAACGUCUACUUCCUGUUCCUUCUGCUGCUUCAGGUGAUCCCUCAGAUCUCCUCCCUGUCCUGGUUCACCACCGUCGUGCCGCUGGUCCUGGUGCUUGCUGUCACCGCAGCCAAAGACGCCACUGAUGACAUCAAUCGCCACCGGAGUGACAACCGAGUCAACAACCGUAAAGUCGAGGUGCUCAUCGAUGGAAAGUUGUGCAGCGAGCGAUGGAUGGACGUCAAGGUGGGCGACAUCAUCAAGCUGGAGAGCAACCAGUUCAUUACGGCCGAUCUUCUCCUGCUCUCCAGCAGUGAACCUCUCAACCUGGUCUACAUCGAGACCGCCGAGCUGGACGGGGAGACAAACCUUAAGGUGAGACAGGCUCUGACAGUGACUGGUGCCCUGGGGGAUGACAUCAGCAGGCUGGCUGGCUUCAAUGGGGAGGUGUGUUGCGAGCCCCCCAACAACCGGUUGGACCACUUUACCGGUACGCUGCUGUUCGGCGACCACAAGUUCUCCCUGGACAACGGGAAGGUCCUUCUGCGGGGCUGCACCCUGAGGAACACCCACUGGUGCUAUGGCCUGGUCCUGUUUGGAGGUCCAGACACCAAGCUGAUGCAGAACUGUGGGAAGAACAGCUUUAAGAGGACCAGUAUCGACCGUCUGAUGAAUGUCCUCGUUCUCUGUAUCUUUGGCGUCCUGGCCCUCAUGUGUGCCAUCCUGGCGGUGGGGAACUAUCUGUGGGAGAUCAACAAAGGAUACCAGUUCAACAUCUUCCUGCCCAGAGAGGACGACUCGGGGGGCGCCUCUUUGUCAGCCUUCCUCACCUUCUGGUCGUACGUCAUCAUCCUCAACACGGUGGUCCCCAUCUCGCUCUACGUCAGUGUGGAGAUUAUCCGGCUUGGGAACAGCUUCUACAUCGACUGGGACAGGAAGAUGUACGACGCCCGCAGCGACACGCCGGCCGAGGCCCGGACCACCACACUGAACGAGGAGCUGGGCCAGAUCAAGUACAUCUUCAGCGACAAGACAGGAACGCUCACCCAGAACAUCAUGACCUUCAACAAGUGCACCAUCAACGGAAAGACCUACGGUGAUGUGUAUGACUACUUGGGACAGAGACAGGAUGUUACCGAGAACACUGAGGUGGUGGACUUCUCCUUCAACCCCCUGGCCGACCCCAAGUUCUCCUUCUACGACCAUUCUCUGGUGGAGGCGGUGAAGCUGGGGAUCCCCGAGGUCCAGGGCUUUUUCAGGCUGCUGGCCCUCUGCCACACGGUCAUGGCUGAGGAGAAGAGCAAGGACCAGCUGGCGUACCAGGCGCAGUCUCCGGACGAGGGAGCGCUGGUCACCGCCGCUAGGAACUUUGGCUUUGUGUUCCGCUCGCGGACGCCUGAGAGCAUUACCAUCAUGGAGAUGGGGAAGCAGCAACGCUACGAGCUUCUCGCCAUCCUGGACUUCGACAACGUCCGCAAGAGGAUGUCUGUCAUCGUCCGUAGUCCCGAAGGGAAGGUGUCUCUGUAUUGCAAAGGAGCCGACUCCGUCAUCUUUGAAAGACUGAACCCUUCCUGCAGAAAGCUGAUGGAGGUCACCACAGAGCACCUCAACGAGUUUGCUGGGGACGGUCUGCGGACGCUAGCGUUGGCCUACAAGGACGUGGACGAGGACUUCUUCAGCCGCUGGAAGCAGCAGCACCACAAGGCCAGCACCGCGCUGGAGAAUAGAGAGGCCCAGCUGGACCAGCUCUUUGAGGAGAUUGAGACGGACCUCUUGUUACUCGGGGCGACGGCGAUUGAAGACAAGCUUCAAGAUGGCGUGCCCCAGACCAUUGAGCAGCUGGCAAAGGCGGACAUUAAGAUUUGGGUUUUGACAGGAGACAAGCAAGAGACGGCAGAAAACAUUGGCUACUCCUGCAACCUGCUGCGUGAGGAGAUGAACGAUGUGUUCAUCGUUUCUGGAAACACACCUGAAGAAGUCAAACAGCAACUCAGGAGUGCGUGGAGGACUAUGAAGCCAGAUAUGGCAGAAGGCAUGGUCUUUCUACCAGAGAAGAUUCUGGGUAAAGUGGGGAGUGCACUCAAGGAUGAGGUUGUGUCUGGAGAGUAUGGCCUGGUGAUCAAUGGAAACAGUCUGGCAUACGCUCUAGAGGAGGCCAUGGAGCUGGAGUUCCUGUGGACGGCGUGCAUGUGCCAGGCGGUGAUUUGCUGCCGCGUCACGCCGCUGCAGAAGGCUCAGGUGGUCGAGCUGGUGAAGAAAUACAAGAAGGCCGUUACCCUUGCGAUAGGGGAUGGAGCCAACGAUGUCAGCAUGAUCAAAGCGGCCCACAUCGGGGUGGGUAUCUCCGGUCAGGAGGGCAUGCAGGCGGUGUCGUCCAGUGACUACUCCUUUGCCCAGUUUCGCUUCCUGCAGCGCCUCCUGCUGGUGCACGGCCGCUGGUCCUACCUGCGCAUGUGCAAGUUCCUGCGCUACUUCUUCUACAAGAACUUCACCUUCACCUUCGUCCACUUCUGGUUCGCCUUCUUCUGCGGCUUCUCAGCCCAGACGGUGUACGAUGAGUGGUUCAUCACUCUCUAUAACCUGGUCUACACAGCGCUGCCAGUGCUGGGCUUAAGUCUGUUUGAUCAGGAUGUGAACGACGCCUGGAGUUUCCAGCACCCUCAGCUGUACGUCCCGGGGCAGCUGAACCUGUACUUCAGCAAGAUGGCCUUCUUCAAGUGUGCACUUCACAGUGGCUUCAGCUCCCUCGUCCUCUUCUUCAUCCCUUACGCGGCCAUGUCGGACAGCAUGAGGCAAGACGGCAAAGAUCUGGGCGAUUACCAGUCCUUCGCUGUGGUCACGCAAACCUGCCUGCUCUUCACUGUCUGCAUUCAGUUGAGUCUGGAGAUGUCCUACUGGACAGCAGUAAACACGUUGUUCAUUGUGGGCAGUCUGCUGCUUUACUUUGGGGUUACGUUCACAAUGUACAGCAACGGCCUGUUUCGCCUCUUCCCCUCUGCCUUCUCCUUCAUCGGAACCGCCAGAAACACUCUGAACCAGAGCAACGUGUGGCUGACCAUCCUCCUCACCUCAAUCCUGUGUGUGCUCCCUGUCCUCACAUACCGAUUCCUCACCAUCCUGCUCUGGCCAACCAUUAACGAUAAGGUGAUGUUUAAGGCCCGGCAGGCGAAGGCGGCCCCCCCUCCCCCGUCGAAGAGAACUCGCAUACGCCGAGGGAGCUCGCGGCGCUCCGGCUAUGCUUUCUCUCAUGCCCAGGGCUACGGCGAGCUGGUGACGUCUCGGCGCUUUCUGAGACGCCCGGCUGUGUCUCAUUCGUCUCACUUCACACCGAUGAAGUCCACCUCCAGCUUCAUCCCCAUGGGGCGGUCGGCCGGGUACAGUCCCACAGAUGGCCCUCACAACGCUAAAGCCCAAGGCGUGGAAGGGACCUCGCUGCAGAUGUAUCGGAUCAUACAGGAUCAGACCUUAUGAAGGGCAGAUCCCACUUACAUUUACAUUUAGGGGAUUUUGCUGAAGCUUUUAUCCAAAGCGUCUUACAAUCAUUCAUUCCCACACCGACGGCGGAUUGAACCAUGCAAGGCUACAGUCAGCUCGUCAGGAGCUGUCAGGGUGAGGUGUCUUUCUCAGGGACACAUGAACACUCUGAGGAGCCGGAGAUCGAUCUAGCAACCUUCAGGUUACCAGGCAACCCGCUCUGCCUCCUGAGCCCCCCCCCCCAGAUCCCACUUCAGACGCUUCAGCCUUACAGCCAAAGAGGCCCAGGGAAAGGUAUGGUGCUCAUGAUGCACUCUGAGGAACCCACAGGAAGAACCGCCUUGUGUUCAACUAAGGAAAUAAUGUCAUUGACUACACUCAUUGAUCUUGAUCUGUUGGUCUCUUGCUAUGCUGGCCUAGGGAAAGAAAUGCAAGGCCGAUAUAGAUGGAGGAACAUGAUGUGUUAUGUUUACAGACUUCCAUCAGGUGCAAUUGAUCUCCUUAUCCUGGUUGCAAUAUAACCAAGUGUCCAAGCAAUCCUACAAUCUCAAGUGAUUCUCUUUGUUUUCAGCAAAUACUGUAUAUUAUAGUCCAUUAUUGUAGCCUGUAUUACUCAGUAUUGGCAGCUAUUGGUGCCACUGUCUUCGACCAUUGUGUUUUUAUAUACCGUCUGAUACAUUUGUAUACAUAGUUUUUAUACAAUCCUGACCACUGCAGGUGAUUUUGUGUCCAUAUCGGGGAUGUACAGCAGUAUAUUUCCAUUAAUCCUGACUGCAGUAGUUAAAGAUGUAAUCAGUGUUUCCACAACAUGCAUCCAGCAGGGGAUGCAACACCACAGCUGGAUCCAUAGCGUCGGCUCAUGAGCAUUCAUUUUAUUAGAUUUUCCGUGGGGGGAACCCAUUUAUUAUAGGUGGCCCCUAAUGCAAGCCCCUCAAUUGUUACAUUGUCAUUGUCUUUGGAUACUUAUUAUGUAAAGAUACUGACUGCAAAAUAAUGUUCUGCUGUAGAAGAAUAAAAACACAUGCUACUGUAGGUGGCAUUAGCUCAUGAAUGGCUUUAGACUAAAUGUCAGAACCGAAAGAGAUUUUUGAUCUCAAUGAGACAGCAGUAUGAUGGAAAACAGACGAUAGGAUGGCUCAAAAUUAGACUGAAACCAUUGGCGCUAAUGCCAAGGCAACUUGGCUUGUGCACAUAAUGUGCUCACAUGCUAUUUCCUUUGGAGUUACAUUCUUAUAAGCCUGUGUGAGAAUCAGACAUCGGCACUACCUAGCGCACAUCAAAGUAGUACACAACAGAGCACCACUGCUGGGGAAAAAAUUAAGGGGAAACACUGUUUGAUACAUAUUUAUAUAGUAUACAGAAAUACAUGACAAGAAUAUUGUUCAUUCACCAGUACAAUUAAUCAUUUCGUAUGAAAACCUUUCUCCAUUGUAUUAACUUGCUAUUAUGUCAUGGGAAAAAAAUGUAGUGGAUGGUGGCUGUAAAUCAAAGACUUGCUGUAGAACAAACGUUGCUGGCUUGUUAAAAGCAGGUGAUCUUCA